UGGUUCGAGCGCAUAUCAAUAUUGGUGAUAUUAUUAAAUUGCAUAACACUGGGCAUGUAUCAGCCUUGUGUGGACGAUGCCUGUGAAUUUAAUCGCUGUAAAAUACUACAGAUAUUUGAUGACAUAAUUUUCGGUUUCUUUGCCUUGGAAAUGAUCAUUAAAAUGGUGGCCAUGGGUAUUUAUGGUAAAAAUACCUAUUUGGCCGAUUCCUGGAAUCGUUUGGAUUUUUUCAUUGUCUUUGCUGGCCUUUUGGAAUAUAUAGUACAUGUGAAAAAUUUAAAUUUAACCGCCAUAAGAACAAUACGUGUUCUAAGACCUUUAAGAGCCAUUAAUCGUAUACCAAGUAUGCGUAUUUUGGUAAUGCUUUUACUGGACACCUUACCCAUGUUGGGCAAUGUCUUGCUGUUAUGCUUUUUUGUCUUCUUCAUAUUCGGCAUUAUUGGAGUACAACUUUGGCAAGGUAUUUUAAGGCAAAGAUGCGUAUUAGACGUUCCCGAAGGUAUACGCGUACCAUUGAAUGUUUCCUACUACUAUGAAUUCUCCAAGGAACAGGAUUAUAUAUGCUCGAUGCCAGAAGAUUCUGGUAUGCAUAUGUGUUCAAAUUUACCACCAUAUCGAAAUGGACCCAUGGUCUGUACAGAAGAGGCCAUACCCAACGCUAACAAUUUACCAACAAAUACUUCCUGUGUAGAUUGGAAUAUUUACUAUUCGAUUUGUAGGCAAACAGCACAGAAUCCAUUUCAGGGAACCAUAUCGUUCGAUAAUAUAGGUAUGGCUUGGGUAGCCAUUUUUUUGGUUAUAUCAUUGGAAGGCUGGACGGAUAUUAUGUACUAUGUACAGGAUGCUCAUAGUUUUUGGGAUUGGAUCUAUUUUGUUUUACUAAUAGUGAUUGGCUCAUUUUUCAUGAUCAACUUGUGUUUGGUAGUCAUUGCCACCCAGUUCAGUGAGACCAAGAAACGUGAAAUGGAGCGUAUGCGUCAAGAACGUGCUCGCUACACCUCCACCUCUACAUUGGCCUCCAGCACCAAUAACUCGGAACCGGCCACCUGUUAUGCGGAAAUUGUUAAAUAUAUUGCUCAUCUUUGGCGACGCUUCAAACGACGAAUGUUAAAGAAGUACAGAUUAUAUAAGUACCAACAAAAACAACGCAAAGAAGGUUUAUUACCCAAUGCUGAUAAUUUAACAUUUUCACCGUCACGCAUUAAAAGUCAUCAUCCGAAAUGUCCCAAGUAUGCCAGCAAUCGUAAGCCCUCUAGUAUACAAGAUCAAAUGAUCACGGUAAUGGUGCCGCUUAAUUCCAAUAAUAAUGUCAAUGCCAGUGGUAAUAAUAACAAUCAUACACAUGUUCAACAACAUCAGCAAUCACAGCAGCAGAAUCAACAACAAUUAGGGGCACAACAACAACAUUCUACUACACAAACCCCCAGCGGUAUGGUGUCCUUAAUAAAUGGUCUACAUAAUGGCAAUAACAGUCAUAUUAACACAUCAACACCACAGUCACAGCAGCAUCAUUCGUCCUCAGAAAAUUCUGAACAAUCAUUGGAAAAUGUGGGUGGAACAGUUGCGACACGCAAUAGCAAUUAUAAAAAGAUCUCUAAUCAAUUAAAACCUGAAGCAGAUAGCAAACAACAACAGAAAACUAUACUUUUGAAAUUUCCCCAAAAUCUUAUGGAAACCGAUCAAUUAAUUCUCCAGCUGGGAACUCUAGGCAAGACACAUCCCUGUACAUCCGGCUUUUUAAGUCCCCCCACAUCAGCCAGUCGCCGACCUUCUGUCAUGUUCAAUGAAUACGUUUUAUUGCACACGCCACCGGCUCUCAAGGAACCGCAAUCUAGUGUUGAGAAAACGGUAUGUUCGUCGGAAAAGAUGACACAGGCCGGCGAUGGCAGCAUCUGGCAAGUGAAUCUACCACAGACUCUGGCCAGCAUUACGAAUCCUUAUGCGGAAUGUUCAGAUCUCGGUAUACACGACGCCAUGACUUGUCAAGAGCUUUUAGCAUUUUCUGUGGCAUUUUCAGCGGCCCUACCCACGGGUCAAAGUACACUGGAAUCGUUUUACUCAUCCUUGGCACGUUGUGAUCCCCAUACAGCCGAGGCUAUUAGAAAUCAACAGAAUUUGGAAAACUCCAACAACCUGGCUUUACAGCAACACAAUCAGCAACAACAACAAAUACAACAACAGAGGCAUUUCUCGGAACAAGGUAAAAAAGCUUUCGAUGCUCUUAACUCAAAUGGUGGCGGUGCAGUAUGUGGUACCGCACCCUCAGCCAGUACCGGCAAUUAUAUGGAGGACUAUUCUUGCUGCUAUGACCUGUAUCAAAAUGCUCUUUCACCACUGGAUGACAAAAGAAAAAAACGCUCCCGGCUAAUGAAAAUUAUUAUUGCCGCCUAUCGCUGCAUAAUGCGUGUAUGCGGCACUGGCAGGCGUUAUGUUAAACGUUUGGUGGAGCACAAAUACUUUCAGCAGGGCAUUUUGCUGGCCAUACUCAUUAAUACUCUAUCCAUGGGCAUAGAAUAUCACAAACAACCCGAAGAGUUAACUGUCAUAGUGGAGACCAGUAAUAUUGUUUUCUCUGCCAUAUUUGCGGUGGAAAUGUUACUAAAAGUGGUGGCUGAAGGACCAUUUCGUUAUAUAGCCAAUGGCUUCAAUGUAUUCGAUGGUGUUAUAGUAAUUUUAAGUGCCAUUGAAAUCUGUCAACAAUUCGCUGGCAAUGGCACAGGAGGUGGCGGUGGUUCUGGCCUAUCUGUUUUACGCACAUUUCGUUUAUUGCGUAUUUUGAAACUGGUACGUUUUAUGCCUAACUUGAGACGUCAAUUAUUUGUCAUGCUGCGCACCAUGGACAAUGUGGCCGUAUUCUUUUCCCUGCUCGUGCUUUUCAUAUUCAUUUUUAGUAUACUGGGCAUGUAUUUGUUCGGCGGUAAGUUUUGCAAAUUUAUGGAUGAAACUGGACUCGAACGCGAAUGUACGUGUCCCGAAAUAAUCAGCAAACAUCCUCAGUGUGAAUGUGAUCGUAAGCACUUCAACAAUAUACUCUGGGCCACCGUAACCGUCUUUCAAAUUCUAACACAAGAAGACUGGAAUGUUGUACUAUUCAACGGCAUGGAAAAGACAAGUCAUUGGGCUGCAUUAUAUUUUGUGGCCUUAAUGACAUUUGGCAAUUAUGUGCUCUUUAACCUAUUGGUCGCCAUUUUGGUUGAGGGAUUCAGUUCAGAGCGAAAUGAACGUCGCGAACGUGAACAACGAGAAUUGGUUAAGAAAUUGCGUGAGGAAACAUUGGCCGAAAAUUAUAGCGAUGCUAUGUAUGAUGAAUCGCACAGUGAAGUCGAUUCAUCAUCGACCAAUGAGAGUUACUAUGAGGUUCGCAAUCGUUGGCAUAGUGCCGAAGAUAUACGCAAGGAGGCUGCUGAAAUGUUUUUGGAAUCAAAGAAUAAUGUUCAAAAGCAGCGCCUGAAUCAAGUUACAAGUCGAGAUCAUCAAAUAAAAGAAGUUUCAUCUUCAGCCUCUACUAGUAAUCCCAUAAGUAGUACUAAUCGAAAAUCUUCAGAAAAAGAUUUACACAAGCCUACCGCUCUUGGUAGUGUUGGUGUAGGUGCUGUAAGUGCAGGACCUAUUAGUUCCUCCCUUAUUAGCGAUGAAGAUCGUAGAGGACUAAAAAAGACAUAUUCCAUAAGAGAUAGACGUGCUGAUGUUCCUCGUUUAGCCAAAAUUCGACCUAUGCGUGAGCCUCCUAUUAUAACAACCACUGCUGCUACACCUCAGGACUCCCCAAAUACUACUCUGGAAACAGGCUCCACUUUUAGAAAUUGGGGUCCACCAGACUCUGAUUCUACAGAGAGUCCGGUUUCACCCUCUCUUCUAAGGCCACCUACCAUAUUCAGCGCUCAACGUUCUCUUGACGAAGGUAUUCCAUCAAUAGAUCUUAUACCACCAUCACCCGUCUUGCCUCACAAACAGCACAUUAAUAUUUUAAAUGCCAGCCAAUUGGAAAGCAAUACAAACAAUUCCUUAAAUAACUUUGGUCAGGUUGGAGCCAAUACUUCUUUACUGUCUUCGUCACUUAACGGUAGUGGUGGUAUGCAAAGUGUCAUUAUAGAUGACAUUUCGAAAAACUCAAACUCGGCUUCAGGUCCUAUAUAUGUACCUACAAUAUCUUCAACUGCAGCUAAACUUCAGUUACCUACAUAUGCACACACCAGAGGUGAAAGUAGUUCGACAACAGGCCCAGCAGUCUUAUCAACUCAAUCCAGUACCUUAAGCUCAAAUGCUCAGGAAUCUGCCGAACCAUUGCAAAGAUUGCCUAGUCUUAAACGUUUUCGUCGUUCUAGUUCAAAGAGAAAGAAGGCUGAUGUUCUUACUGCAGAAGAUGUUGAACACCAACUUAAUAAUGGCAGUGACAAUUCCUGCUUGUUAACAGAUAGUCCCUCGGUAAGAGCGGAGGCCUUCCUAAAACCGACCACGCCAAAUUUAUCUGUUAAAAGUAAGGAAACUAAUCGACUAAGUCCUCAAAACUCUAUUAGACGCUUAUCAACAUCACUGAGUAUUGGCAGUGGACCUGGUAGUAGACGUGCUUCGGCAUGUCUAUUCAACUCUCACAUGUAUCAAAAUCUUAAUCAGCCCUCAAAGUUACACAGUGCCCCUGGCAAGCGUAGAAUGUCUUCAAUAGAACUGGCAUUUACGAAAACAUCCCACCUGAAUCUGCACAACUUAGAGCCAUCUCGCAAGUCUUUGUCCUAUACUAACUCUAAAUUGGAUUUGGACAAAUGGCAGAAAAACUAUUCGUGCGUUGGUGAAACCGAUAUGUUACAGCAGUACAUGCAAGAGCGUGAAAGACGUAAAAACUCAAUUAGUCAGUAUCCCAAGAAGAUCAUUGAAGAAACUAAGGAUCAACAACAUUCCACAGUAUCGCAUUCAGAACGUAUGUCUAAAAUAAAAAUUCUUAUUGAAAGACUUGCACCUCACGACUUCACCAACGAACGAAGAACAUAUUCGCUCUACAUAUUUCCCGAGAAUAACAGGUUCCGUCGAAUUUGCAUUUGGUUUGUUAAUCAAAAAUGGUUUGACAACGUGGUUCUUCUAUUCAUUGCCCUCAAUUGCAUAACAUUGGCAAUGGAGCGACCCAAUAUACCACCAUACAGUACUGAAAGACUCUUUCUGUCAACAGCGAAUUAUGUUUUUACAGCAGUUUUCACUUUGGAAAUGAUUAUUAAGGUUGUGGCUACUGGUAUGUUUUAUGGCCCAGAUGCAUACUUUACAUCUGGCUGGAAUAUAAUGGAUGGAUCACUGGUAACGAUUUCAAUCAUUGACCUUUUAAUGUCACUGAUUAGUCAAUCUAGUCCAAGGAUAUUUGGGAUUUUAAGGGUGUUUCGACUACUUCGUUCCCUACGGCCGCUGCGUGUUAUCAACCGAGCCCCGGGUUUGAAAUUAGUCGUGCAAACGCUCUUAUCGUCCCUUCGACCUAUUGGCAAUAUUGUGCUCAUUUGUUGCACAUUCUUCAUUAUAUUUGGCAUUCUGGGCGUGCAGCUAUUCAAGGGUACGUUCUACUUUUGCGAGGGCGAAAACAUUAAAAACGUUCGCAACAUGUCAGACUGCCUCAGCAUACCGGGUAAUGCUUGGGUCAAUAGAAAAUACAAUUUCGAUGAUUUGGGUAAGGCACUUAUGUCGUUGUUUGUCCUGAGUUCGCGCGAUGGUUGGGUCAACAUAAUGUACACCGGACUUGAUGCAGUAGGUAUUGAUCAACAACCGAUUGUCAACUACAAUGAGUGGCGUUUGUUGUACUUCAUUGCAUUUAUAUUACUCGUUGGAUUCUUUGUACUCAACAUGUUUGUGGGAGUCGUUGUCGAGAAUUUUCAUCGCUGUCGCGAAGAGCAAGAAAAAGAGGAGAAAAUACGUCGUGCUGCCAAACGAGCCUUGCAAAUGGAAAAGAAGCGAAGACGAAUGCACGAACCUCCUUACUACAUCAAUUACUCGCCUUCACGCAUGUUUGUUCACAACGUAGUCACAUCGAAAUACUUUGACUUGGCCAUAGCGGCUGUCAUUGGCCUGAAUGUUGUUACUAUGGCCAUGGAAUACCAUAGAAUGCGGCCAGAGUUACAGUAUGCAUUAAAAAUAUUUAAUUACUUUUUUACCGCUGUGUUCAUACUUGAAGCCAAUAUGAAAUUGGUAGCCUUGGGAUGGCAUCUGUACCUGAAGGACAAAUGGAACCAAUUGGAUGUCAGUAUUGUUCUAUUGUCCAUUGUCGGUAUUGUAUUGGAAGAACUAGAUACGAAAAAGUUACCAAUCAACCCCACAAUAAUGCGAGUGAUGCGUGUGUUGCGCAUAGCAAGAGUGUUGAAACUGUUGAAAAUGGCCAAGGGAAUACGAGCUUUGCUGGACACGGUGAUGCAAGCGUUGCCACAAGUUGGCAAUUUGGGCCUGCUCUUUUUCCUGCUGUUCUUUAUUUUCGCUGCUCUCGGCGUAGAACUCUUUGGAAGACUCGAGUGCUCCGAAGAGAUUCCAUGUCAGGGCUUGGGCGAACAUGCACAUUUCGCCAAUUUCGGGAUGGCUUUCCUCACAUUGUUUCGCGUAGCGACUGGCGAUAAUUGGAACGGCAUCAUGAAAGAUACAUUGAGGAAUAACUGUGAUGACGCACCGGAUUGCGUACGCAACUGUUGCGUUAGCUCGGUUAUUGCUCCCAUCUUUUUUGUGAUAUUCGUGCUAAUGGCGCAAUUCGUUUUAGUGAACGUCGUCGUGGCUGUACUGAUGAAACACCUCGAGGAGAGCCACAAACAAAUGGAAGACGAAAUGGAUAUGGAAGUCGAACUCGAACGCGAACUAGUGCGUGAACAGGAGUUUGAGCAGGAACAAAAACUUUGCGAACAACUGCAACAGCAAACAAAACCGCCUGCGCCAGCCCAACGUCAGCUGGGCAAAGUCAAAUCACUGCCAAUGAACUUUACCUACAACACCCCCUCUCUGGAGAAAAAGUUUACCGGUGUCUUAAACGCCACCAGCAAUCGCCGUCAGACGGUCCAGUACUUUAACCAACAGAACGGUCUGGGCCUCGCAGAGAUGGGUGGUGCUUUUAAGACACAAGCUCUAACACAACUAAUCCCUGAGUCGGCCACAACCGAAGAGAACAGUUUCGACUCCAAACUACAAAUACCUCCCACAGCAAGACGUGGACGACGUUGCUCGACAGCUUUGCGUAAACGUGGUACGCUAACGAAAGAACGAUCUCUGGACGAACAAGCCAUUCGUCGUCGUACCCUCGAAUCGAAGCGUAUGAGUUCCGAUUCUUUGCCUUGGGGAGGCGAUGUCGUUGAUUUUCGCAGUGGCACUAUCUUCGAGAGUCUAGAAUCGGACGGCAGUCCUUCCUCCACAUACGACGUGCAUAGCAUACGCAGCGAAGAAGUUCCACGCAGCGUAUCCGAUGUAGCCAGCAUCGUUAGCGCAGUUGUAAGUGAAAAACCGCCCAGUGCGGCUACAACGAGUGCUACCACAACAAGGAGACCAUACGGUCGUUCCCUCUCAACCGAUCCCACUUUUAUGGGUCCUGCACGCACAAAUCUACUCUCUGUACCACGUUCCAUGCCACCACGCAGCCGCAGCGGUAGUACAAAGCAACUUUUCAAACAACAAGCUCUCGACGAAGAUCCCGAUAUGGAUGAGAGCUCCUUGCUGCUGCCAGUGGUCAUGGAAAGUGGAACUGAUGCCAAUACUAAUACUCAAAAUGAAAAUAAAUCCAGCAACGAUGCAAAUGGUCGUUUAUCUGCAGAUAUUGCAAUAGUCGAAGGUCUGAGCAAAUCUGAUUCGGCCGAAAUAUUACGAAUUAUAUCAGAACGUCGACGCAUGGAUCAACGUGACAACAGCGGUAAUGAAGAUUCCGACUAUAAUGAAUUAUUACUAGUCAAAUCUCCUCAGUCAUCUAUAGAUGGCUAGCUCAAGAAUUUAUAUAUUUAACGACAACAUCAUUUAUGUCAAUAUCAUCAGCAUGCAUCAAUCACAGUACAUACAAUACCUGCGCGCUCACUACUUUUCACAUUUAAAUGUCAAUUCAACUGCAAAGUCAUGCUCAUUCUCAGUCUUAAGUUUUCAAUAGAAAUCUUGUUAAUAAUGGUAUACAUUUGCUAAAAGAAAAUUCUAUAUAUUGCGAUACAAUAAGACAAAUUCUAAUCAACAUCAUUAGCAGCAUCAUUAACACUCUGUGAUUAGCCAAAUAAUUAUAAAUACUAAACGAUUUUCAGCAUAUGUCAUGAAAUUUAUUUACCGCAAUUGAUAGCUUAUUUAGAUAGAGCGAAGAUAAACGAACGACCAACCAAACAAACGAACGAACGAACUAAACAAGUGAUAGGGUCUUAAAAAUAGUAGCUAACAGUAGGUGUGUGUCUAAAGAGUCUAGUUGUAAAGUAUAAAUAGCUUAAAAAGUGUACAUAUUAAAGUUAUUUAAAUUAAAAGGAAUUAAGAUUGUUCUAUCUUAAUCUCAGAUUCUUCAUAAUCUUAAGAUUAAGCUAAAGCUAAAGUACCAACUAGAGAUGAAGUCUUCUAGACGUGUUACGUUUUAUCUUAAACAAAUUAUGAUAAAGAAAAUUUUAUUAAUUUUCUUUUGACGUACUAUGUAUGUAUUUAAAAUAGGUUAGUGUAGAGAAUUUAAAUGAAUUUCAAAUCAAGGGCAUUAGUAACAAAAACCCAAAACAUGAGGUUUUAUUUUUCAUUUAAAGUAUUUUUCCUUCAAAAAAAAAAAUACUAUUUAAACAUAUAGAGUGAAAAAAGAGAGCUGCUUUGUUGAAACAUAUAAACUUGGUUAACAUUAAUACUAUUGUGUAGCGUUAUUUAGUUGCAAUAUUUGUCAUACAUAUACUACAUUCAAGAAAAUGUUUUAUUAAAUUUUGUGGCAAAAACAUUAACGAAAAAAUUAUUAAUUAUUGUAAAAUAAUAAUAAAAAAAAGAAAACAAAAUAAUUAUUACAACAAUUAGCUGUUAAAACGAGUUUAUAUUUAAAAUGGUAGAACAACAAAAACAAAAACGCAUUUAUAUUGAAAAUUUUAAUAUAAGAAAAAAAUUGACAAAAAAAAAAAUAUGCAUAAUUGUUAAAAAAAAGAAAUAAAACAUCCUACAUUUGCAUGUUUAGUUUUAGAAAAGUUGAAAAAAAUAUAGAAAUUUGUUUUAAAAAAACAAUGAAACAAUAUUGUUUAACUUAUAAAUAGGAAAAGUAUUACAAGGUUCGAUAAAGUAGUUUAUUUUUAACUGUUUAACAAGAUUUUAAAAAUUUAAUUUUAAAUUAAAAAAUUAUUUUUUUGUUUUUUUUUAUAUAUUUUUUAAUUUGUAGUUUUUUUUUAACAAUUUUAAAAAUUCCAAACAAUUUUUAAAAAAUUUUCAAAAAUAUUUUUUUCAGUUGUUUUAUUUUUAAACAUUUAUCAAAGAUUAAUAGAACAAAUUUUGUAAGAAUAUUAGAUUUAUAAACCUUAGAUAAACGUUUUUGCAUAAGACCUUUAAUAUUUACGUACAAUUUAAUUAAAAUUAUUAAAUAUUUUAUUUUAUCAAAACAGUUUUAUAUUUUCUUUGGAAUUUUAAUGUUUAUUAUAUUCACCUAAUAUCGAACCUUUAAAAUACAAAAAAACACUACCUUCAGGCAGUUGCUUAAACUGUGAUUUUUUUUAUGAAUGUUUUAAGGCUGCCAAGAAGGAAGUUUGUAAAAAAAUUAUUUAAAUCAUUAAAAAUAAAGAAACAAAACCCAAAAUAGAAAAGAAACCACUUAAACAAUUUAAAGUAUCAACGAAUUGUGAAACUAAUGGGAAAAAAACAAAAAGCAA